AUGCCAACACCGUCUCUGCUCAUCCACAAAAACAGGGAAUUUCCUGAUUUUGAGAAGUCCAAUGAAGUUGAUCAACGAGCAGAGACGUUCAGUACCGUCGAGAAAUUCCUCGGCAAAUAUGCUGAUCCUAAACUUGCCAGACCAAUCAAAACUCUAUUAAUUGCUAACAAUGGUAUGGCAGCAUUCAAAUGCGUUAUGUCCAUCAGACGUUGGGCCCAAGAAACAUUCAAAGAUGAUCGUUUGUUCAAAUUUAUUAACUUGACGACAGAGCAAGAAAUAUCGUCGAAUCCAGGCAUAUCUUUUUUAACGCUAAUGAUUGAUAACUUUGUUUUCUCACAAUCUGGAGGGAAUGAAAGCAACUAUGCAAAUGUUGAUGAGAUAUUGAAACAUGCAACGAGUAACAAAGUCGAUGCUGUGUGGGCUGGUUGGGGUCAUGCAUCAGAAAAUCCAGAUCUUCCAAAUGGCCUCAAACAACAAAAUAUUUUGUUUAUGGGCCCACCUGGCUCUGCAAUUCUGCUGGGGUCCCAACUGUUCCUUGGUCAGGAAGCGAUAUUUUGCUUCCAAAAGAACUUUGUGACAAAGGAAAAAAAUAUACCUUAUCCUGUAAUGAUUAAAGCUUCAGAAGGCGGAGGGGGGAAGGGCAUUCGUCAAGUUCGAUCAGAGGCUGAGUUUGAAGUAAACUUCAGGCGGGUUCAGGCCGAAAUUCCUGGUGGUCAUAUUUUCCUGAUGCAUUGCUUAGAAGAAGCAAGGCAUAUUGAGGUGCAACUGUUAGGGGAUAUGUAUGGUCAGGUCAUAUCGCUUAGAACAAGAGAUUGCUCUGUGCAAAGAAGGUGUCAGAAAAUCAUCGAAGAAGCACCAGCAAUUGCUGCUCCUACUUGGGUCCAGAGAAACAUGGAAGCAGAUGCGGUCCGAUUGGCAAAGAUGGUUGGUUACGUCAGUGCGGGAACUGUUGAAUACCUUUUCGAUCCUAAAACCAACAAAUAUUAUUUUCUGGAAUUAAACCCGCGACUGCAGGUUGAACAUCCUCUUAGUGAAAUGUUAACGAAUGUGAAUCUUCCGGCUGCUCAACUUCAAAUUGCUAUGGGAGUACCCUUGCAUUGUAUAAGUGAAGUUCGCUUGUAUUAUGGUCAAAGUAGGUAUGGAACUGAUAGAAUACCAUUUGAUCAGAUGCAUAUGAACGCUGAUAAGCACAUUGUCUCUGUACGAAUAACGAGUGAAGAUCCAGACGAAAACUUUCGGCCAGCGUCGGGAGAAAUAACAAAUUUAAACUUUCGUUCGACGCAGUUUGUGUGGGGUUAUUUUUCACAUGUUGGUGCCGGUUCCUUACAUGAAUAUGCAGAUUCACAAUUUGGGCAUCUUUUUGCUACAGGUUCAACAAGGCAUUUAGCGAUUUCGAAUAUGCUGAAUGCACUACAAGAACUGCAGCUGCAGUCUAAAUUUCCUGUAACCGUGCCUUAUUUGAUAUCACUUUUCAAAGAUCCUGAGUUUGAGAAUAAUGCGAUUAAUACGAGUUGGCUGGAUCGCCGUAUAGCUUCUAAGAAGCAUACUGUAGAAUUGCCUCCGCUUCCAAUGGCUGUGGCUUAUGGCUCAAUGCUUAUUGCUCAUUCACGGAUAACAGAAGCGUUUAGCAGGUUUAGCAACUCGAUAAGUCGUGGACAGAUCUUACAGCCGUCUGAAUUGACCGAAACCCAUCAGGUCGAACUUAUCUACAGCAAUGUAAAGUACAGUGUAACAGCAACUAGGAUAUCAGACAUCCAGUACUGCGUGAAAAUGAACGGUUGUAGCGUACCUGUGGAAUAUCGUGAGUUGCGCAACGGGACUUUGCUUUUGAAAUACAAUGAACGCUCACAUCCUUGUUACAUGGACGAAGAGUCAGAAAAAUACAAAGUUCACAUCGGUAGAAUGCAAAUUGUUUUUGAAAAGGAGAAUGAUCCAACUGUGUUACGUUCUUCUUGUGCUGGCAAACUGUUGACCUACGAAGCUGAGGAUGGUGGGGUUUUGAAACCAGGCCAGGUGUAUGCUAGCAUGGAGAGCAUGAAAGUGGUUUUGGAUAUGAAAGUGAAGAAGGUUGGUGGCAGAUUCAAGAGAGUUGCGCAGAUUGGACAGGUGCUUCAUCCAGGAACACUUGUCGCGCGACUUGAGGAGGUGGUUGGGACGGCUAGCACAAAACCACAGGACUUUGACGGUAUAUUUGAGGAAUGGAAGACAGGAGCACCAAAAGUUCUCCCCAUCAACAUGCGAUUUAACGAAUUGGUCCAGGAAAUUCGUAAUAUAUUUGACGGCUAUUGCAAACAGGAGCCAACUUUUCCAAAACAUUGCGAGUCGCUGAUAAAAGAUCUUUUUUGUGUUUUGAGUGAACCGUCAUUGGCUUUCGAGCAAAUGCGACAGAUUCUUGCAGUCUUGAAAACAAGAAUAAAGCCCCAUAUGUUUGAGAAGCUCAAUGGUAUAAUGAAACAUCGCAUUGCCGAGUUUCCUGCGAAAGCAGUUCAGGACGCUGUAAAUGAAUAUCUGGGAUUGCUAGAUCCGCAACAAUAUAGUGUUGAACGACUCAAUUUUACGCCGAUUACUGCAAUUUGUGAAAAGUUUGCACUUGGAACUGAAGGACAUACAUCACUUGUACUCAAAGAACUUCUUGAAUAUUACAUGCAGAGCGAAAAAUAUUUCCAGUACUACCAGUAUGACAAAUGCGUGUCUAACUUGUUGGCUGAGGUGAAAGAUGCGGAACGCUGCGUUCGUACUAUAUAUUCACAUACACGCGUUAAUGAGAAGAAUGUUCUUGCUAUGAAAAUUCUUGAGAGGGUUGGGACUAAUCGGCGUUUGGUGCUCUCCUUGUCGUCUGUGCUGGAAAAGCUGGCAUCCUUUGUGAAAAAUGAAAAUCUUGAAUUGGCUCAUUUGGCGAGAAAAAUGCUCAUCGAUGCUGAAACACCGACUUUUAUGGAAAUAAAAAGACGGGGAUCCUCACCUAGUCCUUCCAAUAUUGAGAAAUAUGACUUGUUAUUUGAAACCUUUGAAAGUAAUUAUGAUUCUGUCUUGAAAUACGUAACUGUUUGUUGUGGUGUGCCCGAAUCAGCUAUAAUGCGGUUGAAUGAUGGUGGACAUCCAAACGACGUACAUUUUCCAAUCCGAAUCCAGAAAAUCGCACAUGGUCUCGGGCUUCCUAACGAUAAUGUUGAAGAAAGAAAUGUUGAAUUGCGAAUAAUUGGUGACAUAUAUGGCGUUAGCGAACGUCUGCCAAGGUUGGCUGCCAAAGUCAGCAAACCAAACAGUACACUGUUUUUAGUGUCUCGUAUCGAUAAACGCGAUAUCACCUCCAAGCAGAAAUUCAGUGAGAUUGAAGAAAAACUGGCUACAGUUUUGAAGGAAGCCGUUGUACGUCUCGACAGUUCUUCCAUACGAGAAUUGGUGGCAAUGGUUGCUCCUUCUGAUUCUUAUCCGCUUUUCUUUCAUUUCAAUAUGGCAACGAAAAAAGAAGUGGUUUGUCAGAGGAAUGUUGAUUUUGCUCAUUUGCCCAAACUUGGCCUUCAUCGGUUAUCCGAAAACUACAACAUUGAAAAAGUACGAACUCACACGCCAUAUUCAUCUGGCCAUCUAUACAGAGCUCAAGGGAAGCAAGAUCCUACUGAACAACGGUUCUUUUACCGUGCAGUCGUUCGCGUUGUCGAUAGCUACACUGCUAAUGACGUUACUAAUUCGGUUGAAAAAGCCUUGAGACGAGCUUGUUUGGAAAUCAAAGUUGCAUUAUAUCGUUCAAGUACGAUAGACCGCAAUCACGUGUUUUUGUUUAUUGAACGUACCCCUUCAAAUAGCAAAAUUCAGAUGAGUCCUGCUGACUGGAGGAAUGUGAUUUACAAGGCUUAUCGAGAUUGUAAAGAGUCACUAUGGCGCUCUCUUGUGAAUCAGGUAGAAGUCGAUUUUGUUUUGUUUGGUGAAGCUCGUAGUUAUGAACAAGCAACUAAAAUUUUGAUCACAGACGAUACUGGAUACACUCCAUGCAUAAAAUCUUUACGUGCAGAAGCUAGCAACGGCAAUUCGGAUGUCAGCAAAUGGCUACAUGUGGAUGCAGGAAUGGAAGGCUUUGAACAUGGCCUUGAAAUUAUGAUUGAGGGAAACAGAAACACCGAAUGGAAUCCUUUCGUAGACCCCUACUUGGGUCGUUCUGAAAUUGAUAAGCGAAGGCUUAAAGCCAGAACUGCCAAAACGACAUACGUUUAUGACUACCCUCUACUUUUCCAGCGGGCUUUAACCUCUGCGUGGACUACUUCACCAUCAUCGAGCAAAAAACCGAGCCAAAUGCCGCAAGAUCUUUGCCAGUUUCAUGAACUGGUGUAUGAUGAGGCGGACCAGAAAUUGAUUGAACGUGAAGAUGCUGGUUCCCUUAGUGAGAUCGGUAUGGUAGCUUGGCGGGUUCGUUUGAUUGUUCCGGAAUAUCCUGAAGGGCGGGAAAUAAUUGUUAUUGCAAAUGACAUUUCGCAUCAAAUUGGGUCCUUCUCAAUGCGUGAGCAUAAUUUGUUUUAUGAGGCGUCCAAACUCAGUCGAGCUGAAGGCCUGCCUCGUUUGUACAUCGCGGCGAACUCUGGAGCACGAAUUGGCCUAUCCAAUGAUUUGAAGAAGCUGUUCAAAGUCAAAUGGAAGGAUGAAAGAAAUCCUGUCCAGGGAUUUGAAUUUCUUUAUCUGAAUGACGUUGAUCUUGAAAAAGUCAAGGGUCUAGUAGCUACAGAACGUGUUAAUAACUACAAUAAGAUUACUGGCAUUAUUGGCAAAGAACGUGAUUUGGGAGUUGAAAACUUGGUUGGAUCUGGUCUAAUUGCUGGCGAAUCAUCGCGAGGAUAUGACGAAGUUAUUACCUACUGUCUCGUUACUGGUCGCACAGUCGGCAUAGGGGCAUAUGUGGCAAGACUUUUGAAAAGAAUAAUACAAGUUGAAAAUGCAGAUAUAAUUCUUACUGGAGCUCCUGCACUGAAUUCUUUACUUGGGCGUGAGGUUUACACCUCAAAUGGUCAACUUGGUGGGACACAAAUUAUGACAAGAAAUGGCGUAACGCAUGCAUCAGUAGCGAAUGAUUAUGAAGGAGUGUGUCAGCUUCUUCGCUGGCUCUCUCACACCAGAGCCAGUGUCAAGGCUCCUCUUAAUACUACAAAAUAUGUUGAUCCUAUUGAUCGUCCCGUCGCUUACUUGCCAUCUUUUGCAAAGGAUAGUGAUCCGCGUUAUAUGUUAACCGGACAUCAAGACCCGACUACUUUGGAAUUCUUAGAUGGUCUUUUUGAUAGAGGUUCUUUUGAAGAGGUAAAACCGGAGUGGGGCAAGACGAUAAUAACGGGACGUGCACGAUUAGGUGGGUUGAGUGUUGGAGUUAUCGCCGUUGAAACCAGAAGUGUGGUAACUGAAAUACCUGCAGAUCCAGCUGCUCCAGACUCGCAAGUUAAAAAAAUACAGCAGGCUGGACAAGUUUGGUAUCCUGAUUCAGCAUAUAAGACCGCGGAAGCUAUUGCUGAUUUUAAUAAAGAAUCUCUUCCACUUGUUGUUCUUGCAAAUUGGCGUGGGUUUAGCGGCGGGCAAAAAGAUAUGUUUGAAAUGGUACUGAAGUUUGGAUCUUACAUAGUAGACGAGUUCAGUAGAUAUAUGCAUCCAGUAAUCGUUUACAUUCCUCCUUAUGGAGAAGUUCGAGGUGGUGCUUGGGCGGUUAUUGAAAAACAGAUUAAUCCAGAAUGUAUGCAUAUGUAUGCGGAUCCACGAUCUCGUGCUGGUGUUCUUGAACCGGAGGGUACUGUGCAAGUCAAAAUGCGGAAAGAUCUUGUUCCCCUCAUGUGUAGAAUGGAUGAAGAAAUGAAAAUACUUAUGCGAAGAGAGAAGAAUGGCGAAAAUUUGAAAACUGAAAUAGAUGAACGUAUCGAAUAUUUAAUGCCUACUUAUCGUAAUAUCGCUAUUUGCUUUGCUGACUUGCAUGACACACCGAUUCGAACAAAAGCAGGAAUUGUCAAAUGGGAGGAAUCUCGUCAAUUUUUUGCCAGGCGUCUACUUCGCCUUUGUACAGAAAGGGACAUAUAUCGCGAGUGUUUCGACGUGAAGACUGUGAAAGAUUUGGAAACUGGUCAUAAUGCGUUAAGAAAAUACAUGAAAGAGAAAAAAACUGAAGUAAAUGAUUGGGAUGCUUUGCCGGACGAUAUAGCCUAUGAAAUUAUGAAUCGAGAGAGGAAGAGCAUUGUUGCAUACUUAACAAAAAUCAAUAAACUAAAAAUUUUGUAUGCAAUGGCUAACAACUUCGGAGUACCUGUGGAUAGGGUGGAAGAUUUUGCUGCAAAAUGUGAUGCUCUAAUACGGGAAUUCAGUAAGUAA